AUGGAUUCCACACCGCUGGACGAACAGAUCCCCUCACCCGGUCAAUGGCCGGUAGAUCCUCAGGAAGAUCUCCCCAUUUCGGAGGAUCGCAUCUGGGUUGACGGGUGUUUUGAUUUCAGUCACCACGGUCAUGCCGGCGCAAUGCUGCAAGCGCGCCGUUUGGGCAAAGCCCUCGUGGUGGGCAUCCACUCGGACGAGGCUAUUCUCGAGAACAAGGGCCCCACGGUCAUGUCAUUAGAUGAACGUGUCGCCGCCGUCGAUGCCUGUCGCUGGGCCACCCAAAGCAUUCCCUAUGCCCCUUACGUGACUUACCUACCAUGGGUGUCGCACUACGGAUGCAAAUACGUCGUUCACGGUGACGACAUCACCUCCGAUAGCAAUGGCAACGACUGUUACCGGUUCGUCAAGGCCGCCGGCCGGUUCAAGGUCGUCAAGCGCACUCCGGGCAUUUCCACCACCGAUCUGGUGGGUCGUAUGCUGCUCUGCACCAAGAACCACUUUGUCAAGUCCGUCAAGAAAACACUGGCCGGAGAAGAAGGCUCGGGGACUCCCGAAGAGCGGAAACUCUUUGCUGCCGACCUCCUGCAACGCAUUCGCGAUUACGCCACCGAUGAGACGGGCCUGCAACCGGGACCGCAGGUCUGGACGUGGGAAGGGUCCGGACAAGCCAAGAUCGAGAACGAGAUGGCCGAACCGGGCCACUUCGCACCCUUGGUCGAGGGCAAGGGCCCCAAGCCCGGUCAGCGCAUCGUCUACGUGGAUGGUGGGUUUGAUCUCUUCUCCUCCGGUCACAUUGAAUUCCUGCGCAAGGUCACGGAGACGGAAGAGGCGGGCGGUCGUCAACGAGGCUGGUAUGAAGCCGAGCAGUGCGCCAAGCGUGUACAGGAGUCUGGGGAGGACUACUCACCAGCCUACAUUGUGGCCGGCAUCCAUGAUGACGGCGUGAUCAACCACUGGAAGGGACUCAAUUAUCCCAUCAUGAACAUCUUUGAGCGGGGCCUUUGCGUCCUUCAAUGUCGCUACAUCAACGCAGUCAUCUUCUCCGCACCCUUUACUCCCAGCCAACCCUACCUGGAGACCAUGCCCCUCGGUAAGCCCGACGUGGUCUACCAUGGACCCACGACCUUUAUUCCCCUGACCUAUGAUCCGUACACCGACCCCAAGCAGAUGGGCAUCUUUCAAGAGGUCGGCGACCAUGCCUUCCAGCAUGUCAACGCUGGAGAGAUUGUAGGUCGAAUCCUGAAGAGCCGUGAAGCAUAUGAGGCGCGGCAGCGAGCCAAAUUGGAAAAGGCCGUGGCGGAAGACCUGGUCAAGGCUCAAGAAGAGGCGGCAUCUUCAUAG